AUGAAGAAGGUAAGUUUGGAAUCAGUAACAUCACAGGUGUCAUCUAUGCGAAUGCCCCCCUGGAUUACGAAACAAGAACAAGUUAUGUGCUUCGAGUCCAAGCCGAUUCCCUGGAAGUGGUCCUCUCCAAUCUCCGAGUUCCUUCAAAAAGCUACUGAUAAAGAUACUGGUAAUUAUAGUGCUAUGGCAUACAGACUCAUAAUACCACCAAUUAAAGAGGGAAAAGAAGGGUUUGUGGUGGAAACAUACACAGAACUCAUCAAGACUGCUAUGCUCUUCCAUAAUAUGAGAUCUUACUUCAAAUUUCAAGUUAUUGCAACUGACAACUAUGGGAAGGGACUGAGUGGAAAAGCUGAUGUACUUGUCUCUGUGGUCAAACAGCUGGAUAUUCAAGUCAUUGUUUCCAAUGUGCCACCUACUUUAGUGGAAAAAAAGAUAGAAGAUCUUACAGAGAUUUUGGAUCGCUAUGUUCAGGAUCAAAUUCCUGGUGCCAAGGUGGUGGUAGAAUCCAUUGGUGCUUGCCGGCACGGGGAUGCCUUUUCUUUAGAAGAUUACAGCAAAUGUGACCACUAUGCAAUUGAUCCCCAAACCAACAGAGCCAUUGACAGAAAUGAACUUUUUAAAUUUUUGGAUGGCAAGCUGCUUGAUAUCAAUAAAGAUUUUCAACCAUAUUAUGGGGAAGGAGGGCGCAUUCUGCAGAUCCGGACUCCAGAGGCAGUGACCAGCAUUAAAAAGCGAGGAGAAAGUUUAGGAUACACAGAAGGGGCUCUGUUGGCUCUGGCCUUCAUCAUCAUCCUCUGCUGUAUUCCUGCCAUCUUGGUGGUCUUAGUCAGCUACAGACAGUUUAAAGUACGGCAAGCUGAAUGCACCAAGACAGCACGAAUUCAGUCUGCACUACCUGCAGCAAAGCCAGCAGCACCAGCUCCCACUCCAAUGGCAGCGCCUCCACCACCCCCACCACCUCCAGGGGCACAUCUCUAUGAAGAACUUGGAGACAGCGCAAUGCAUAAUCUUUUCCUUCUCUACCAUUUUCAACAAAGCAGGGGAAAUAACUCACUCUCAGAAGACAGGACAAAUCAGCAAGUUGUGAAGCCCUUUUCUUCCAAUACCAUUGAGGCUCACAAGCCAGCUCAUGUAGAUGGAUCACUUAAAAACAACCAACAGAAGUCUCCAAGAAAAUUCACAUUUCUAUCCGAUAAGGACGGCUUAAGUGCUUGUAACCCCCUUUAUAAGGAAAAGAUAGGUCCAGUAUCAACACAUUCAGACAUUUCCUUGAGAACAGAUUUUGAAGACCCAUUUUUAGUGGAAACAAAAGUCAAGAGUCAGUCCCUGAGGGGCCCAAGAGAAAAGAUUGAGAGGACGUGGAACCAGCCAGUCAGCUUACCUAGGAGACUGAUGCGGAAGGUUCCAAACAGACCAGAAACCAUAGAUCUGAUGCAAUGGCAGAACACCUGGCAAAAAGCUGAAAAUACAAGCAAUGGAAGCUACUCCAACAAAAAUGGUAGUAGUAAUCCAUUGUUUACAACCGAAGAUACAUAUCUGACCAAGAGAGAAGAAAUAAGGCAAGGUGAACCACUGGCUAUGAAAGAAACCGAACAAUUGAAAUCUCUAGCUUCAGGCUCUUCAUUUUCUUCUUCUUGGUCUCACCUCUCUUUCUCCACUUUGCCAACUAUUUCAAGAAGUGUGGAACUCAAAUCAGAGUCUGAUGUUAUCACUUCUCCUACUGAAUGCUCUUUGGAACUUUCUCCUGCAAGGUCUUGCGUUUCAAAUUCUUCAGUCUUUAAGAGACAAACACCCCCGUGUAUGUUGGAUAUUGAAACUGAAAGGAACGUUUUUGAAAAUCUUCCCCAUCCAUGUAACAUCUCUGUCUUGUCUCCUUCCCCUCCUUCUCCUCCACCUCUUCCUCCUCCUCCUCUCCCUGCUCCUUCUCUUGUCCUAACUCCCUUUUCUUUUUCCUUUCCUCCUCCUCCUUCUUCUCCUCCUUGUAGUCCUCCUCCUCUUCCCCCUCUUCCUCGUUCUGUUCCUACUGUUUUUCCCCCUGCUUCUUUUUCUCUACCUCCCUUUCCUCCUCUACCUCCACCACCUCCUUCUCUUCCAUGCCCACGGCCUCCUUCAGCUUCAGCUCUAUCCACAGAGGGUGUUUGUAUACCAGAUAUUAAAUGCACUACAUAUAUAACUCCUGCCAAGGAAAUCAAAGCUGCUACAAUGCACCUAUCUACAUCAAAAUCAGUGUGUAAGACAGACCCUCAAAAAGAACCAAAAGGCAUCCUCAAACAUAUUAAAAACUUAGCAGAACUUGAAAAAUCAAUAGCUAACAUGUACAGUCAAAUACAAAAGAACUGUCCACCCACAAACAUCUCAAAACUUCAAACUUCUUGCACUUCAGAGAUAACAAAUAUGGGAAUCACAUCUGAACAAAACCAGGAGAAUUCAAACAAUACCGUGGAGGGAAUUGAAAAACAAUUGCACAGUCAAUCUACUGCACUGUAAUGUUGAUUUUCCUAUUUUAACUGUAAAUCUUUUGUUGAUCAUAACUUCAAGCUGAACAUCAAAUUUGAACAUCAAAGAAGAUUCUACUGUUUUACCCAAAACUCAAUGCAAUGCUGUUUUUUCCAUAGUUUUAAUUUAAAAGAUUAUUAACUUUAUCACUACUAACUCAUGUAGUAGAGAAAAUUACCUUAAUUUUCUUAACUACAAAGUAGCAUUAUUUGUCCUACAUUUAUUUGAAAAUUGGAGUUUUUGUUGGCAGCUGGUCAUAUGCAUGAGAACUUGUGCUAGUUGGCGGACUCUGACAAGGAGAGGUUAUGCACCAGAG